AUGAAUUAGAACAAAGAGCUUAAAAAUGAAUUACACAAGAAUUAAGAUUAAAUUUAAAUGAGAUGUUACACACACAUUUCUAAAUCUAUUAAUCACUUAUUAAAAUUAAUAAAAAAUGAAUUUAUAAAAAGAAAAAGGAAGAAGAGUGAAGAAGAGAAGAACUAAUUUUUGAGCAAAUAGUAAUGA